UUAUUACAUGUGAUAUAAUAAUGAAAAAGAUAAGUUUCUCAACUAGCACGGUCCACCACCCUAAACUGUGUUAAAUCCAUACUUAUAAAAUCUUCAAGAAUUAUCCGUGAGAGAUUUAACGUCUUUCAUCAAGCCAUGUCCAGCAGAACCUUAUCACAACUGUGCCCAAUGCUCCAACUACUGUUAUUAAACAAAAGAUAAUGCAUUACGAGUCUUUCAAGAGACUGAAUACUUGAACUGAUACAUUUUGUUUUCUUUGUUCUCCUUUUUGUCUGUUAAAAUGGGGCAAACCGGAUCUAGUAAUAUUCAUCACCAUGGUGGUAGAGGAUCCAAAGUACGGAGUCUGCGGAGAGUCUCCCUCGGUGGACUCGGAAAAAAGCAUUUCAAAAACCAUAAAAUUUCACAUACUUUCACCUACAUAGAUGGAAAUAUCCAGGUUGAUCAAUUGAACAUAAAUACUGCGACUGAAGAGGAGCUGAUGACACUGCCAGGAAUAAACCGAGCAGUUGCUAGAAAUAUUGUAAACCACAGACAAGCUAUUGGCCGUUUCCGUAGAGUUGAAGACCUAGCCUUAGUCUCUGGUAUUGGAGCUUAUAAAUUAGAAUUAGUCAAACCAGAAAUCUGCGUUACACCAGGGGGCGAUGUCAGCGAGAUUUCAUCGCGUGCUUCGACAAGUCUCGACUCAAUAGGAAACUCUGGAAGUUUGUUAGAUAUUAAUAGCGCGAGUGUUUAUGCGCUACAAGGGAUUCCAGGCUUUAAUCAGGAGCUAGCAGCUAACGUUGUUGAAAAACGACACAGACGAGGUCCAUAUCGAACUCUAGAUGAGUUAUUGAAAGUUAGAGGAAUCGGGAGGCAACGUCUUGAACUUAUUAAACCUUAUCUGAAGGUUGCCAUCGAUUCCGAUGGGUCUGUAACUCCUACUCCAAGCAACAGCACGUCUCCGUCAUUGUGGAAUAACCCAAGAAUAUCAAGCACACCGAUUUCAGGGUAUAGAGAAAAAGUUCCAACAGAAACUUCCAAAGUCAAUGGAGUUAAUUCAAGAACAAAUUUUGACAAAAUAAGCCUAGAAACAACUUCUGUGAUAUCGGAAGAAGAAAUUUGGGAGCUUCUCAGCGUUGCAAGUCCUCGGCCACUUAUACCUUGCGAUUUCUUGAGCCGACUUGGAGGAAGAACGUCUCUCAGGAUCGCCACUUGGAAUCUUGAAAGUUUCACUGUUGAUAAAGCCUGCAAUCCAGGUGUCAGAGAGGUUAUUUGUAGGACAAUACUUGAAAACAGGUUAUCUCUGCUCGCCAUUCAAGAAAUUGACAGCAGCGAAGCUCUGGCUAAGGUUACAUUGGAAUUAAAUACUCCAAGUCUCAAACGAGUCAAAGAUUGGCAAGAAAAUCGAAGGACUUGGCGUUCUGUCCAUUUAGGACAAGGUCUUGCGAUACUUUGGGAUGCAGACGCAAAAAUUGGCAUAUCUCUGCAAGAGCAACCUCCUUUGACUGAAAAUUUGUUUCCACUGGCAGCUUGCGCUACUUUCGAUAUAAACAAGCUUAGCGUUACAGUAGUGAACCUUACCUCACGUAGUGCAAAGGAUUUGAAGACAAUAGAAAAUCUAUGCGAUUGUGAAAAUUCUCUAAUUGUUGGAGAUUUUUCUAGAAUAAACCAAGCUGAGCGGCUAGAUUUGGAAUUUUCGAGUCAAGAAAAUACAUCGACAGAUUCCGCAGAGUAUUCGUUCAACGACAAUAUUGCUUGGGGUAAGAAAUCGAGAACACUUUUCUAUACAGGAUAUUCUGGAAUUAUCCGACGGGGUCUAACGCACCUCGGCAUACCUCGUGGAUGGAAAUGGGGCGGCGCAGUUUCUAGCCAUUGUCCAGUUUGGUGCCAGAUAUACUCACAGGCUGAUAAUUAUUAAUUCAAGUACAAUACGGUCAUUUUCCAGGCCAAAUUGUGGAUGCAAAGUUGAUCCACGUGAACGAUGCCUGAUAUUCCAAUCACUAAGGGCAUAGAAAGUUUUUUUUUUUCAUUGCAGUUAACUUUAUCCUGCUAUUUUUGCUCGACUGGGUAACUAUUAAAGCUACCUAGAUCAGGUUAAGAAUAACAGCUUAACCUACGUUAGUAGGCACUGUUUAAUCACCGUAUUAAUAGGGGGAAAAAAAAAAAAAAAAAAAAAUUGGUGCCCUUUGAAACAAGGAAGUUGAGAUUACUAAUUCCAAUAAAAUACUUGAAUAAAAAUGUACGGUGCUGGUCAGUCGUAUACAAUGAAAAAUAAAACAAGUAUUUCCAUAAA